AUGAUGACCUCCGGUGGCGUGUGUGCCGUCUUGGACUACGAGAUUGAUCAGAUGACGGAAUACAUUGCCGAGAUGGCUCAGCGCAUCGUCCUGCCCAACGCCAUGGUCACCCCGUCGUUCCGCAAAUUCGUCCAGGGCCUCCUCACCUCGACCCGACUUCCCAGUACGACCAUCCUUCUCGGCAUGAAUUAUCUCGCGAGACGAAUGAACAUCCUGAAGGCUGCUGGCACGUCUGGGCUCCCGACCGAGAAGAUCAGCGAGGGGACUGUCUGGCGCAUGCUGACGAUUGGCCUUCUUCUGGGAAGCAAGUUCCUGGACGACAACACUUUCCAGAACCGGUCCUGGUCCGAAGUCAGUGGCAUUGCCGUCACGGAGCUCAACACCCGGGAGCAGGAUUGGCUGGAGGCCAUGGAUUGGAACCUCUACGUGAACCUCGACGAGAGCAAGGACUUCAACGCAUGGAUCCAGAGCUGGGAGGAAUGGCGCGUGGCGAGGAACAUGCAGCGCAAGGCAACCCGGAUGGCCCCGGUGCCGCUGGCCCCCAUCGACACCAGCGUCCAGAGACCGCGCCCAUACCCCCAGGCCUACCACGGCUAUCCCAAGACGGCUUCGCGAGAGCGUCCUCAGUCGGGCUUCCAUGCGGGCUAUGACCACAGCGCCUGGUCUGCGUAUCCUACACCGCAACUCACCCCCCCAUCCGCGCCCGAGUCUGGUCUCAACACCCCCGAGUACAAUGCGAGUGCCACUGGUGGAGCUCCUCGAUGGAACGACUGGGCCAUGUACAACCAGGGAUCGAGAGGCUUCCAGCCGCAGACACAUGUCCCAUUUGUCCCGACUCAGAUCGCCACCCAGCUCACCCCGUUCACUCCUUACGGCCACCACUUCGGACACUACAAUCACAACAGCAACAAUAACAACAACACCAUCUGGGAUCACGGCGCUGCUGAUUGCACCUGUGGCUGCAGCAUGCACGCGAAGCAGCAACCAUACUUUAUGAACCAUGGCUAUGGCCAGCAGAUCACUGCCGGAUAG